GUGUGUGACGAUGGAUGGACAGACGUAAACGCAGAGGUGGUGUGUCGACAGCUGGGACACAGUGGAGUGGCGAAGGCCCGUGUGAUGGCGUAUUUUGGCGAGGGGGAGGGGCCUAUCCAUGUGGACAACGUGAAGUGUUCUGGCGAAGAGCGUUCAUUGGUCGACUGCCUCAAACAGCCACCCGGGACGCAUAACUGUCGCCAUAGCGAAGACGCCGGGGUCAUCUGUGACUACGGCCAAUCACAGUUCAGCGACACAGAGGGCAAAGGUACGGUGGAGUCUGUGUCAGAUCCUGUCUGUGGGUUGAGGCUGAUACAUACACGCCAACGCAGAAUCAUAGGAGGAGAGAACUCACUGAGGUAAGGAGAGAACUACAUAUAUAUACUGGGAGGCUGGCCAUGGCAGGCUGCGGUGCGUCUCAGAGGCUCUCGGGGGGACGGAAGGUUGGUGUGUGGAGCGACUCUCAUCAGCUCCUGUUGGAUACUCACCUCAGCUCACUGCUUUAAGAGGGAUGGUAACAGUACUAAACAGUACAAGGUGAGGGUUGGGGAUUACCAUUCUCUGGUUCCCGAGGAGUUUGAGGAGGAGUACGCCGUCGAUCAGAUCGUCCUGCAUCCUAGCUACCGUUCCCACAGCAACGACUACGACCUGGCCUUGGUGCGUCUGUCGCCGGGGGUGGCGGGGAAGGGCCGCGGUCGAUGUGUGGCGUUCAGUCGCCACGUCCAGCCCGCCUGUCUGCCGCUACGCAAGGAGAGAGUCCUGAAACAGGCUUCCAACUGUCACAUCACAGGCUGGGGGGACACAGGUCGCUCCUACUCUAAGACCCUCCAACAGGCUCCUCUCUCCCUCCUCCCCCGUCGUCACUGCCAACAGCGUUACCACGGAGCCUUCACUAGCCGCAUGCUCUGCGCCGGGACAGACGGCCAAUCGGAGCGCCGCGUGGACAGUUGCCGUGGAGACAGCGGCGGCCCGUUGGUGUGUGAGCGUCCGGGCGGAGGGUGGGUAGUGUACGGUGUGACGUCGUGGGGUCACUCCUGUCGCACGCAACACUCACCUGGCGUCUACACUAAAGUCUCCGCCUUCACACCCUGGAUACACAAGGUGAUUGGACAAUGAGAGGGAUACAGGAACUGGAUCGUCAAGGUGAUUGGACAAUGGGAAGAAUAUAGGAAGUGGAUCUGCAAGGUGAUUGGACAUUGGGAUAAGGGCAUGAAGAGAUGACAGCCAAUGUGAGACAGUGGUAGAUAACGGACUGGCCAAUUGAGAAGGACUAUAUUUGGAGCUUGUGAUUUGAUUGGUUAAUAAAAUAAGCGGUUUAAACCAGUUGAAAGGCUUGACCAAUCUCACCCAUCUCUCUUUCA